AUGGGUGAAGAUCGCUCACGCUCCAGCUCGCAAAGAACUCGACGGAAUUCGACGGUGACGCUAGAGUACACUCUCAAGGUGGAUUCUAGCUCGCAAACCUAUCGACAACGUACCGAAAGUCGAGCUUCUCUGGUACCCACCGCCGCUGCCACCGCCAUGACCGUCAAGAAGAAGUCGACGGUGGUGGCGCCUGCGACGAGCAGCACGACCAAGGACCGCAUCUAUUCCAAACCGGCGUUCAACCCACCUCAACGAGUCAAACUCGUAUCUCCCCUCUACGC